UCGAACACCAAGUCAUAAACUUUUAUCAAUGUCAUAAAAUGUUACCAUACACGUGUUUAUUAAUUUUGAGAAUGUUGUCACGUGCACUAAUGUGCAGUGAAGGGGCGGUUGGAGAGUAUCCAAGUAACUUGAUACCCCUCCCUCUCUUUAUGCACCAUUUUACUUCCCUCCAAAGUCUCUUUUUCUUCCCCAAAUCCUCGUUGGUAUAUAAAUAAUCCCAGCUAAUUGCAUUCAGUUCACCAGUUUUCCACUCUCCAAUUCACACGCGCACACACACAAUGUCGGACUGGGGACCGGUAUUUGUUGCAGUGAUACUUUUCAUACUGUUAUCGCCGGGGUUGCUAUUCCAGCUUCCCGGCCAACGGAGAUGUGUGGAAUUCGGUAAUUUCCAGACGAGCGGCGCCGCCAUUAUUAUUCAUUCCUUGCUCUACUUCGCUCUGAUUUGUGUUUUCCUGCUAGCUAUCAAAGUUCACUUGUACCUUGGUUGAAUUUGAAUAUGAAGCUAUCUAAAUUUUUUCAAUGGAGUCCAGUGGCUAGUCCACUGAGUUAUG